AGACAGAAAGAGAAGGGGAGGGCUCCUAUAAAGGCCGGUUCCCUGUUGCUUGCUCCCAUUCCUUCUGUUAUUUCAGUGGGUUUGAUCUGCAGGGGAUACACCAGAAUGAUACUCCUGUUUACGGUCACCUUCACCAUCCUGGCGCUGUCCUCCCUGGACCAGGUGGAGUCUUCAGCCUAUGACAAGAUAGUCACACACAGUCGCAUCAGGGCUAAAAAAGAAGGGCCCAAUGUGUGUGCUUUACAGCAGGUCAUGGGGACCAAGAAAAAAUACUUCAGCACAUGCAGGAACUGGUAUAACAAAUCCAUCUGUGGUAAAAAGGCAACGGUCUUAUAUGAGUGCUGUCCGGGUUAUAUGAAGUUAGAAGGGAUGCGAGGGUGCCCUGCAGUGGCUCCUAUUGACACUGUGUUUGGCACCCUGGAUCUGGUGCAAGCCAAGCUCACCAAACAAUACUCCGAUCAAUCCAAACUGACGGAAGAACUCACGGGAGCCGGAUCUUACACAAUGUUUGCACCAAGUGACGAUGCCUGGAUAGAGUUAGAUCCUGCAUUGAGAGAUGCCAUGGUCAGCAGUGGAAACACUGAGCUUUACAAUGCACUCCACUAUCACAUGGUCAACAAACGUCUUCUCACUAAGGACCUGAAGAAUGAUAUGACCCUAGAGUCCAUGCAUAACAAACAAGGCCUCUAUAUCAAUCACUACUCAAAUGGAGUUGUCACUGUGAACUGUGCCAGGAUCAUUCACGGCAACCAGGUGGCGACUAAUGGAGUUGUGCACGUCAUUGAUCGGGUCAUCAGUGUCGUAAGCCAAACGAUCAAGGAAGUGAUCGAAUCCAACGAUGAUCUGGCUUCACUGAACACAGUUGCUUUGAGAUCAGGUCUCCAGGAUCAACUGGGAGAGCCCGGACAUUACACACUUUUUGCUCCAACCAACGAGGCCUUUGACAAAGUUGGCGGAGAAGUCCUUGAGAGACUUAUGAGUGACACAACUGUACUUCAAGCCCUUCUAAAGUACCACCUCCUGAACUCGGUGCAGUGCUCUGAGGCCAUUAUGGCGGGUUCUGUCUAUGGGACUCUUGAGGGCAGCAAUAUUGAGAUCGGAUGUGAUGGCGAGAGCCUUACAGUCAAUGGUAUCAAGAUGGUGCUGAAGAAAGACAUUGUCACCAGCAAUGGGGUCAUUCAUCUGAUCAGCCAGGUGCUCAUGCCUGACUCGGCCAAGCAGGUGACGGAGCUUAUAGGCAAAUCUCAGAGCGUCUUCAGUGACCUGGUGUCUCAGCUCGGCCUGUCUGCCGCCAUGCAGCCUGAAACUGAGUACACUAUUCUUGCCCCACUGAAUGGAGCCUUCUCUGACGGGGUAAUGUCCAUGGAUCAGCGUUUCCUGAAGACGAUUCUAGAAAACCACAUUGUGAAACUCAAGAUCUCUCUGAGUGACCUCUACAGCGGCCAGCUUCUGGAAACCCUGGGAGGAAAACUCCUCCGAGUCUUCAUUUAUCGCACGGCUGUGUGUAUUGAGAACGCAUGUAUGGUCCGAGGCAGCAGAGAGGGCAGUAACGGAGUCCUUCAUCUCAUGCGAUCACUGAUCCAGCCUCCCGAGACAACCAUCUAUGAGCUGCUCUUAAAAGACGGACGCUUCAAAAUCUUCCUGUCUCUGAUGGAGAGUGCUGGACUGACAGAUCUACUGAAGCAGGAGGGAUCGUACACACUCUUUGCUCCUGAAGAUGCUGCCUUUGGCACCCUGACAGAGGAAGACAUCACUCUUCUGAAAAGCGACAUCAACACCCUCAGGGUGAUCCUGCUCUACCACUUUAGCAAUGGCGUCUUUAUUAAUGGAGGCUUGGAGGGUGGCGUGACUAAUCUUCUCAAGACCAUUCAGGGCAACAACCUUCAAGUGCUGUCUGUUAACAACUCCAUCCGUGUAAAUUCAGUGGAGGUUCCAGAUUUUGAUCUUAUGGCAUCCAACGGAGUGGUUCAUGUAGUGAAGACCAUAUUAUAUCCUCAAGAUCUGCCAGUUGGCCGUGAAGACAUAUUGAUUCUGCUGAGAAGACUCAUCAAAUACAUGCAGCUGAAGUUUGUAUCUGGAUACACCUAUCGUGAGAUUCCACUUACAUUCAUCAAGAGGACUAUAACCACACAUGUCAUUGAGAAAGGUCCCAAAUACAAGGUGGUGAUUGAAGAACCAAGUGUCACCAAGGUUACACGAGUAAUCAAAGGAGAACCAAUCAUCACAGAAGUUACACAAGAGAUCGAAGAAGAUCCGAGCAUCACCAAAGUAACACGAGUGAUUGAAGGAGAUCCGAGCAUCACCAAAGUUACACGAGUGAUUGAAGGAGAUCCGAGCAUCACCAAAGUUACACGAGUGAUUGAAGGAGAUCCAAGCAUCACCAAAGUAACACGAGUGAUUGAAGGAGAUCCGAGCAUCACCAAAGUAACACGACUGAUUGAAGAAGAUCCGAGCAUCACCAAAGUUAGACGAGUGAUUGAAGGAGAUCCAAACGUCACCAAAGUUACACGACUGAUUGAAGAAGAUCCGAGCAUCACCAAAGUUAGACGAGUGAUUGAAAAAGAUUCAAACAUCAAAAUUACGAGAGUGACUAACGGAGACCCAAGCAUCACCAUAAUGAAAGGAGUGGUUGAAGGAGAUGCAGGCGUCACCAAAGUUAGACGAGUUAAUGAAGGAAAGCCAUCGAUUACAAAAGUCACAAGGCUCAUUGAAACUCACAGUGCCUCAUCUGAUGGAGAUAUUGACACUGAGGGAGAUAUCAAGAGAAUCAUGGGUGAAGAUGUAACCAAGGUGCAGAAGUUUCAUGGUGGUGAUGUACACAUCCUCCGGGAGGAAGAUAUCAAACAAAUCACUGAUGCGAUUACCCAGGGAGGUGGACCAGGGAUCACCACCAUCAGUAAAGUAAUCAAACCAGAGGUCCAGGUUGUUGAAACUGAACCAGGGCUCACCACGUUUACUAGAGUAAUUAAGAAAGGCCCUCAGAUCAUUAAAGAAGGGGAAACCACUGUUACCAGAGAAGUUCGACCAGAACCACAGAUAAUUGAAGGACCAGACUUUUCUAAGAUUGUAUCUUUCAAGGACAGUCCAGACCUCCUUGAAACAGAAUCGGAGAGAAUCACCAGAAUCAUCAAGGGGGGUCGUUCUAAAAAACGAGCUGCCAUCAGACAUCCACAAGGAUCAAGGCGGAGAGUGAGAAUGGUCAGGCAUCACUCCAGACGCAGACAGUGAGAUGAAUGAGGCUCACUCUGAAGAUCCAGCUAAAAAGAGAGACAGUGUUGUAGGACAGUGUGUUUCUCCUGCAAAUACACUGUUACUUCAAACCGCAUUGAAUGUUUACACAUUACAAACCAAUGCAGUCAUAUCUUGGAUCUAUGUGGCACACACCCCAAUUCAACUCAGAUAAGGGGUACUUGAAAUGGUGGUGGUUAUAAAGAGAGACAUUGGCCAUUUUUGUUUGUUUGUUUGUUUUUUAAGCUGUUUAUAUUGUUUCUUUGAAUAUAUAUAUACUGUAUGAGCCUGUCAUUGAGCUUGUCGUGCACAUGAGAUUUUGUGGUGCUUGCAUUCAGGGAUAUGAAUGCAUUUUUAUCUGUAAGGAUCAGCAAAGCUUUGGCUGUUGAGUUUACUUUAAAUCACACAGCUUGCAACUUUUCAUCUGUUUCUAAUUUCUGUUCAUUUUUCAUGAAUUUCUUCAUGAGAUCUACAUUUUUUACUUGCUUCUUUUUUUUUUUUAAAUAUAGAAAUUCAAAUCAUCACAUUGAAAUUAAGCCUCAAUGGAGUUAAAAAAAUGAAAUAAAAUAUUUUCUGUUUAUA